AUGAGAAGAGCAGAGCAGGGGAACAAAACAGCCGUUGUGGAAUUCAUCAUCCUAGGUUUCCAAAGUACCCCAGAAGUACGGUUUAUCCUCUUCUUGAUGUUUCUAGUGAUCUACAUUACAACUGUGUUAGGGAACCUCCUGAUCAUGGUGCUGGUUGUGACUGAUCAUAACCUUCAUAAUCCCAUGUUCUUUUUCCUGGGGAAUCUGUCAUUCUUGGAGACCUGUUACACUUCCACCAUCCUGCCCAGAAUGCUGGCGAAUUUCCUCACUAACAAAUAUGUUAUUUCAGUUCAUGGUUGCUUUUUGCAGUACUUUUUCUUCACUGGGCUAGCAGGUGCAGAAUGCUGUCUCCUGACUGUCAUGUCUUACGACCGGUACCUCGCAAUAUGCAAACCAUUACAUUAUACCACGAUAAUGAAUGACCGGUGCUGCCUCCAGUUAGCAGGUAGCUCUUGGGUUAGUGGGUUGUUGGCUAGUGCCACAGUCACCUCUCUGAUGCCACAGCUAACUUUCUGUGGCUCAAAUGAAAUCGAUCAUUUCUUCUGUGACUUCACCCCAGUGGUAAAGCUCUCCUGCAGCAAUACCCACUGGAUUGAGCUUGUAACGUUCACCUUGGCCUCCCUUUUGACACUACCCCCGUUUCUCUUGACACUCAUAUCUUAUGUGUAUAUCAGCAACACUGUCCUCAGGAUCCCAUCCUCCACAGGAAGGCAAAAGGCUUUCUCUACUUGUUCUUCCCACCUCACUGUGGUGACACUGUUCUAUGGGACCUUGAUUAUUGUGUACUUGGUACCAAAGUCAAACACACUGAGAGAUCUCCACAAAGUGUUCUCUAUCUGCUACACAGUUCUGACUCCACUGCUCAACCCCGUCAUCUACAGCUUGAGAAAUAACAACAUAAAGAAGGCUCUGAGAACAGCGGUGAACAAAUACAGUGUUUUUCAUAAGGCAUGA